GAGAUGAAGCCAGCCGUGAAUGAGAUGUUUCCAGAGGGCGCGGGGCCCUACGUGGACCUGGACGAGGCUGGAGGGAGCCCCGGGCUCUUGAUGGACUUGGCAGCCAAUGAAAAGGUAGUUCAUGCGGACUUUUUAAAUGAUUUUGAAGACCUCUUUGAUGAUGAUGAUGUCCAGUGAGGCUGUCCAGUUGUAUUUGCUCCACAUCUGUGACGUGUCUUGAAUUUCUCCGGACAGGAUCAGAUGGUUAAGGAGACCUUGCAGAGAUCACUAGAAGUCAGGACUUGGUCAGUCACAGGAGGGGGACUGUCUGAACCAACUGGGCGCUGUGGUCUCUG